AGAAUCAUGCCUAAGCUUUGUUGUCAACCAAACACUUGCCAACUUGGUCAAAUUUACCUAAGGUAAAGCGUGGCAAAUUGUGGCUAGCAACCAAACAGCCCCUAAAUACCCCGGCCAGGGAAGAAGGCAGCCAUGUGUUGCUGAUGCGUACAUGCAUGCGUGUGUGUAGUGUAUAUAGAUACCCAACAGCUUACGACCCACGGCGCGUACGUACUGGCAGUCCCAGUCCCAGCCCCAGCUUCUAUAUAACACGCCACACACUACACCUGCUGCCUGCCAAGCUAGCUGAUCCAGCCACCUUGUUGCCACACUACUCCUGCUCUGUGUGUGUCACUCACUUAUUGUGACCGACCCACCACCACCACCACCGGCCCCGCCCAUGGAGAUGCUGGCCCUGCUUACCGUCCUCCUGCUGGCACACGCCGUGGCGUACCUGGCGUGGCAGGCCGUGUCGCGCCGCCGCCGCGCGUGCUGCUACCUCCUGGACUACGCGUGCCACAAGCCCUCCGACGACCGCAAGGUCACCACCGAGAUGGCCGGCGACGUCAUCGAGCGCAACAAGCGCCUCGGCCUCUCCGACUACCGCUUCCUCCUCAAGGUCAUCGUCAACUCCGGCAUCGGCGAGCACACCUACUGCCCGCGCAACGUGCUGCAGGGCCGGGAGGAGUCCCCCACCCACCACGACGCGCUGGAGGAGAUGGACGACUUCUUCGCCCACGCCGUCGCCGGGGUGCUCGCCAAGACGGCCGUCCGCGCGCGCGACGUCGACCUAGUCGUCCUCAAUGUCGGCUCCUUCUCCCCGGCGCCGUCCCUGGUGUCCAGGCUCGUCCGGCGCUUCGGCAUGCGGGAGGACGUCAUGGCGUACAACCUCUCCGGGAUGGGAUGCAGCGCGGGGCUCAUCGCCGUCGACCUCGCCCGGAACGUCAUGCUCACGCGACGGCCGCGCACCACCAUGGCGCUCGUCGUCACCUCCGAGUCGUGCGCGCCCAACUGGUACGUCGGCACCGACAAGUCCAUGAUGCUCGGCAACUGCCUCUUCCGCUGCGGCGGCGCCGCCGCGCUGCUCACCAACGACCCGGCGUUCCGGUCACGCGCCAAGAUGGAGCUGCGCUGCCUCGUGCGCGCCAACAUCGGCGCCAACGACGACGCGCACGCCGCCGCCGUGCACCGCGAGGACGCCGACGGCCGCCUCGGCGUCAGCCUCAGCAAGGCGCUGCCCAAGGCCGCCGUGCGCGCCUUCACCGAGAACCUGCAGCGCCUGGCGCCGCGGAUCCUCCCCGCCCGCGAGCUCGCGCGCUUCGCGUCCCGCCUCCUCCUCCGCAAGCUCCUGAUGGGCCCCCGCAAGCACGCCGCCGAGGGCCCCAAGAUCGACUUCAAGACCGGCGUGGACCACUUCUGCCUCCACCCCGGCGGGACGGCGGUGAUCGAGGCGGUGAGGAAGAGCCUGGGACUCACCGCCCACGACGUGGAGCCGGCGAGGAUGACGCUGCACCGGUGGGGGAACACGUCGGCGAGCAGCCUCUGGUACGUGCUCUCCUACAUGGAGGCCAAGCGGAGGCUCAAGCGCGGGGACAGGGUGCUCAUGGUCACCUUCGGCUCCGGCUUCAAGUGCAACAGCUGCUACUGGGAGGUGACCAGGGACCUCGCCGACGCCGGCGCGUGGGAGGACUGCAUCGACGAGUACCCGCCGGAGACACUGGUCAACCCCUACAUGGACAAGUUCGGAUGGGUCAACGACCUCCAGGGACUGGGGAGCGGCUUAUUUUAAUAAUCUUAUUUAAAAACAAUAACUCAGUUAUUCAAUUAUUAAUUAACGCCACCUAUUUAUCAUUAGUCCGACCAAUUUUCAGAAAUUAUAAAAACUUAAAAUUUCUCAACUCUAAAUACUUUUGCAACGAGACAGGCAAAGCUAGCUAAGAUUUUUAUAUAUUGGACAAAAUGGACAAGUGUACGUAUAUAUGAAAUACAAAUGGCGUGGGCCGGGGGACUGUAAUUCUUUUCUGUCUGGUAUAUGUAUACCUGUAAAUGUUUAGGGGUCGCUUGCAUGUGUGUUAUGUGCUCUAGCCUGUAUAUUGAAAACCUAUUCUUUCACAGUAUGCUCCGCAAAGAAGGAACUUUUUUGAAUAGUAGGGUGGUGUGGUAGGGAACAUUUGUAUGCGUGUGGGUUUUUAACCUUUGCAGAAAAAUAUACACCUUGUUUAAGCUAAAA